UGAACCCGGAAGUUGUGCGCCUCCGCCAGCUGUCAAUCACUCUGCAGGCGGAGGCUCGACAAGGAACACCGUUACUGCCCGCAGCAAACAACACAUAUCCUCUCGGCACCGCAUUCCUUGCCCACUUCUCACACGCAGUCACAGGGUAGAACAAACAAGCUCCGCCUCCCAUUCCUGUGAUCGUUUCAUGCAUGUUGAAGACAUUGGUCUGCUGGUUGACUAGAGGGGGAUGGAAAUUAGAAGAUAUGCAAGAUCUACCCAAGGAAACCAUUAACGAUGCACAGCACACUUUAAGGGACCUUGCACUGCGAGCGGCUGAUCUGCCCUUGUAUUUGUACAACUCCCUGCCAGAGGUAAAGCUCUCCCCUCUUGUUAGGAAGCUCUUCCUGAUCUCUGUGGUGGGGGCAACUUCCUUCGCCAUUUUGGCCCAUCAGUUGAAACGGAAACGAGGGAAGAAGCAGCAGCAAGAUGAGCAGGAGGAGGAAGUGAUGAAGGUGCAGAUGCCAUGGGAGCAAGAACUUUUUAUUCCAGAAUUUUCCAGGACAGCAGCAUCAGAAAAAGGUUCAAGUUGUGCCAGCAGUCGACAGAACCUGAGCCUCUCCUUGCAGUCAAAGGGGUCACACUCGUACAACACUCACGCGUCUGCGGGAUUGCUCAGCAGAUACUCUGGCUCAGUGCAGAGCCUGGCCUCGGCCCAGAGUGUGAACUCCUCCCAGAGCUGUCUGUGUGCUGGAUCUAACCUGUGGGACAAGGUUGCUGAAGACAAUGAGAUCAAUCUGGUUAAUGUGCCAGUGACCACGCCUGAAAACUUGUAUCUGAUGGGUAUGGAGCUGUUCGAAGAGGCACUCCAGCGAUGGGAGCAGGCCUUGACCUUCCGCAGCCGGCAGGCAGAGGACGAGGCGAACUGCUCUGCUGUCAAACUGGGAGCAGGGGAUGCAAUUGCAGAAGAAACGGUGGAGGACAUCAUUAGCAUGGAGUUCAUCCACAAGUUGGAAUCAUUGCUCCAGCGAGCUUAUCGACUGCAGGAGGAGUUUCAGGCUACUCUGGGAGCAUCUGACCCAGCUUCUCUUGCGAAUGACAUUGACAGAGAGACCGACGUCACUGUCAGGGACACUGAGGAUGCCUGCCAGAGGGACACAAUCAGCAUUGCAUCGACAGACUCGUUUGUUUCAGCAGCCGAGCUGACUGAACACAGGGACCAUCGAGGCAGUGCCUAUGGCUUGGGGUCGUGGUGUCACCUGCCCCUUUACGAGGAAGCAAUGCACCUGGCGGAAGAUGGGAAGGUGUUCUGCCGCGUCCUGAGGACAGAGUUGUUGGAGUGUGUGGGCGACAGUGACUUUCUGGCCAAGGUACACUGUGUGCGUCAGGCUUUUCAGGUAAUUCUUUCUGAUGCCACAAAUAUAAAGUAUUUUGCAGAGAUGGGGAAAAAGAUUCUUUCUGCAAUAAUGAUGAAAGCCCACAAGAAUCCAAAGAGGUUUGCGGAAGUCUUUGAGGAGAUGAUGUUCUUCCUGCAGCAAACCGACCACUGGGAUACAACUCAACAGGAACUUGCAUCACGAGGGGUGAAGCACAUGAAUUUCUAUGACGUUGUUUUGGACUUCAUCCUGAUGGAUUCCUUUGAGGAUCUGGAGAAUCCCCCUUCGUCGAUACAGAACGUAGUCAACAAUCGCUGGCUAAAUAAUUCCUUCAAGGAAACUGCUGUGGCUUCGAGCUGUUGGUCCGUUCUGAAGACCAAGAGACAGCAGAUGAAGGUGCCUAACGGCUUUAUUGCACAUUUCUACUCUGUUUGCGAGCACAUCAGCCCAGUCUUGGCGUGGGGUUUCUUAGGACCCAGAAACUCUCUCUAUGAUUUGUGCUGUUUCUUUAAGGAACAAGUGCUUUUCUUCCUGAAGGACAUCUUUGAUUUUGAAAAGGUGAGGUACACCAGCAGAGAGAGUCUUGCCGAGGACAUCUUACACCUGAUCCAGCGCCGUACCGAGCUCCUGAUGGCUUACCUUGGAACAGACAACCUGAGGCAUCUGAACGGGUAUGUCGGACUCCCACUACCUAACAGAGCCUUGGAAGCACAUAUGCAGUAAACCAGGGGCCUUGAACUGACCCUGUGCACAGGUUACCACAUGAAUGUUGCUUGCAGCAGUGUCUGUGAACUGGGAUCCAUAAAGCCCCCAAACCUUGGCACCGCUGCCCUUGAAGCAGCAAUCAUUGAGUUGAAUUUCUUUAUUGUUCCUUUUGCCAUGUUUGCAUUUUUUAGGUUAUGAGCAAAAUGUUGCUUUAAGACCCACUCCAGCGACUUGGAAAUCUAUUCUGACCUGUCGGUGCAGUACUAAGGGAGUGUUGCUGUGUUGGAGGCACUGUCUUUUGGAUGAGACGUUAACCGGAGCCCCCUGUCUGCUCUUCUACGUGGGUGUAGAAGAUCCUAUCACAAUAGUUUGCAGAACAGCGGGAAGUUAUUCCUAGUGUCCCUCAUUAUCCCCUGUCAAUGCCAACAAGAAACAGAUUAUCUCGCCAUUUAUCUCAUCACUCUUGGUGGGACCCUGCUGUGUAUAAAUUAAUCAGUGUGUUUUCUCCAUGACAACUCUGCAGAAGUACUUCAAUGGCUAUAAUCUACUUUGGAACAUCCUGGGGCUGUAAAAAAAGAGCUUUACAAAUUAAAGAUCUUUGUUUUUCGCUGUUAGGUAAAUCGUAAAUCAGAAUGCCAAGAGCUGUUGGUGUCAAUAAUUUGGUAAUGAAUUAUUUUGGGGACUGAAUUAAGAUUAUGUGGCUCUGUGCCUUGCUCCGGGUGUUUCUCUGGGACACCCCUUGCUUGACCUUCUGUGUGCAUUUCCUUACCUGUGCAUUAGGGCAUGAGUAAUUUAACAAAUGGUGUCUUGCACGCAGAAUUCUGGUGGUAGCUUUUGCACAGUGGAAUCUCGAGGUAGCCUUGGGAUUUGGAGGCACUCCUUAAAGGAUCCAGUUAGGGGUCAGUAAAGCAAAUUUGUUCUCAUCCCAUGACAGGGGACGUCUCUAAGAAGCACCUAUCCUGGGCCAAAGAUGAUGGGACAUGUUGCACGGUGCCUAUAAUUCAUUAUAGACUCAGGGAGGUUUCCAAAGGAAAAGUAUCCAGGAUUUUUAUAAACUCUUUGUGUUGCUUAGUGAGGCUGAGUCCAGAUCAGUUGCUGACUUGGAAAUCCCAGUUGAGAUUUGGAAAGCCAUGUCAUUUGGCCUGGAGAUAUUCCUACAAUUGUAUUACCUGCAAUAAACCUUGUGUAACUUUGGAUUGUCUGCCAUUUUGUUGUUCCUUUCUGGUUAAGGAUUUAAUCAGCAGGAAUACUAUUAGGGUUGCCACCUUUAACCAAUCCUGGUCACAGAGGGUCAUGACAGCAGCAACUAUCUCUAUGGAAUUUGCACCUUCUCGCUGUGACUGCCUGGGUUUUCACUGGGUGCCACAGCUUCCUCCCACAUCCAGGAGGCCGUUCAGCCUACUGAGUCCAUGCCAGCUCUCAAAGGAUUCCCACCAGUCCCAUUUCCCUGUAACCUAUCAUCUCCCUCUUGAUUCGCUUUCCAUCCACCUACACUAGGGCUAAUUUACAGUAGCUGAUUAACCUGCCAGCAUGUAUUUGAGAUGUGGGAGGAAGCCAGAGCAUCCAGGGAAAAGUGGCAAACUCCAUAUGGACAGCACCCAAGGUCAGGAUUGAACUCAGGUCAUUUGCUCCAAACUCGGAGCGUUUGAUGUCUCUGGGCCUGUACUCGAUGGAAUUCAGGAGGAUGAGGGGGAAUCUCAAUGAAACCUACCAAAUACUGAAAGGCCUGGACAGAGUGGACGUGGAGAGGAUGUCUGCAUUAGUAGGUGCAAUGUGUAAACACAGUAAAUGCAGUGUGUUAUGUAUUGGAAGAACAACAAGAGGCAAUAUAAACUCAAGGGAAGCAUGCUAAAAGUGUCACAGGUACAGAGUUCUCUGCAGAUGUAUGUGCACAGUUCAUUGAAAGUGGAAGGGUGGGUUGAAGAAAUGAUUAAAAAAGUAUAUGGACCUUAGACUUUAAAGAGAACAAGAGCCAAGAAAGUCACGGUGAACUUUAUAAAACUUUAGUUCAACAACAACUCAAGGGUUACGUCCAGUUUCCAUUAGCCUCUGUAUGUUGCUUUUGUAAAUCAGUCUUCUGGAUUUUCUCCUCUAUGUAACACAGGUUAAAUGCAGCUUAUUUUUGUUCCUUCAUUUUCCCUGGAGUGCACAUAACUCAUUUGAUUAAUUCAUUCAUGCAUUGAAGGUGGAAAGAGAGAAAUAGAGGGAGAAGGUGGUGCAGGAUACAGAAUGAAGAGAGAGAAUAAAGAAUGGGACUGAAUUCAUUGCCUUUCAGGGAGCUGGCAUGGGAUCGAUGGGCUGAUUGGCUUCUAUAAUAAUUCUAUAAUUCCGUCAGGUGAAAGGGUGAGAUUAAAUAAGGCUCGUUUGGGCCAAGUGGCCAGUUUUUAUGCUGUAAAUUCAACUGUGUUGAGAUAGCAGUGACGGACACUUACACAGAGCAGAUGAACAGUGUUAAGUAGCAGUGGGAAGGUGCACAUUUGACUCCAUCCACCCAGUUCUCACAGGCCUCUGUGCUAAAUGGGGCUCAUUUUCAAUCCGGCUACCUGGAGUGGUAACUCGGCAGAGGAUUACUGCCUACCCAGCUCUCUGGCAGGCAGGUUCCAGAGUACGCAGCUGAUCCAAGAGGUUCCCAUGGUUGAAUAUGACCCUCUGUACCCAGGCCCACUCAUCAGACAGAGAGGUGGCAACCCUAGACAACUCAAUUGUUCUAUCAAGCAACGGCUUAUGUGUUUGGUAUUGUCUGCUUUUUAUGGUCCAUAAUGUGACUGUGUACACAUUGAUAUCUCUGUAUCUAUAUCUCUAAACUAUAUAUAUAUAUUAGAUCUCAGCACCUCAAAGAGCACACAACCUAUUCACUUUACAACAGGUACUUGAAUUUUCCGUUUGCCAGCCCAAACCACCGUGGUAUUGCUGUGGCUGUACUAUGAUAUAUUCUGACAGAAAUGCUUGUAUUUUAGGGAAGUUGACGAAUUAAUAAAAGCUGCCUUAUAUAUGGUGGGUCUGUAAGAGUCUAGCAAUAUGUCUGUGAAUUUUAUUUUGAAAUAGUACUGUCCCAAAACACUAACACCAGCUCCUCAUGCUUGUCACUGGUCUUGUUAGCAAGCACAGAGUUGGAGAGCAUCUUCAGUAAGUAAAGCACUUU